AUGGCGAUACUAGAAUUCUUGAGGAGGCAGACAGCGCCCCAGAAUACUGGAGGGAGUCCUAGUGAUAAUAAUGAGCAUACUGCCACGACUCAGCAUCCCACGGAAGUUGUUCAAUCGGCUGCAACUAUGACUACGACACAGAGUCAACUGGGGGCGACGCUCCUCAGUGGAGCCGCAACAACGGCGACAGCAUCUACGGCGUUAAUAACAAGUCCCACGGCUACCUCUACCUCGAGCUCUACCACUACCACUGCGGCAGCCAGUCACUCAGGCGGAGAGUCAAUAACCACAAAGCUAGCUAUCGCUCUUCCUAUAGCCAUCGUCGGCGCUUUGGCAAUCACGGCUAUAGUAUUCUUCCUCAUCCGUCGUCGUCGCCGCAAGCAACGUGGUGCAGUCCCCACAUCACCAACCUACGACACAGACGAAAGAGAAAUCAUCUCAACUACACAGAUACUGUCCGGCCCGCCCAUGUCCCAGAUCAUGGAUGUUCCAGCAAUUCGAGAUAGUGAGGUGUCGGCGGGACAGAUGGCAGCGCAUGAGUCUCAUUCGGAGAUGGGCUAUGGGGUGACGGUUUCGAGGGAUCAGAGGCCCAAUGCGACGGAGCAGACUUCGCCAGCGAAUGCGGUAGGAUCGCAGAUACGUUUGCCUUCUGAAAAUCAUGGGGCCGCUGAUGAUGAUCUGGUUUCGGUUGUUUCUGAUGAGCACCGUGCUCAUGGGCAUGAUUAUGAUGAUAUGUCUUCGGUGUCGUCCUUUGAUGGAAGUAGCCCUAGGCCGAACGACCAUCAACAUCCGUUCCGAUGA